GAAUCAACAACACCAAUACCUUAUUUUAUCAUAGUUCCAUGGUAUAAUCGUCUGGGUUGAUCGUUAGAGCAAAUAAUAUGUCAAAACAAUAUUCGGGACCUAACCCUUCGAAGCUCAUAUUACUUGCCGACCUUCAACAGUUUUCAGAAGGAGAUAAAGUUCGAUUCUUAGGAUGCGUGAUAAGUUACAACAGAAGCUCUGCUGUGCUUACUUUGGAACACAACUUUCCCGUUGGCAAUGGGAUCAAAGCCUCUGUCAACGUUCAACUUCUGCUGAAUAGCUUAACCCACCAUGAAACUCGGGUUGGAGAGUGGAUCAAUGUUGUGGGUUAUAUAUCAGAUACAGAUGAACCGCAAGACAUCAAAGCUCGUAAAUCUGGUACUGCUAUUACUAUUCAAGCAAUUGCCUUGUGGUCAUCCGGUCCUAUACAACUCGAUGCAUAUGAAAGAAGUCUUACGCCUUGACGUUGAGAACAUAGGAUCUUCAGAGCUUUGGUUCAGUGUUGCAGAAAGAAAUUGUUCAAGUUCGUUUGAGACUCGAACCCAAAUAAUGAGGAUCCUGACAAGCCAUCCCGAACUCAAGUGAUAAACGCACUCCUUCCAGAUGUCGCAAUUUUUUCUGAGAAGCUUAGCAAAGUCUUCAUAUACAGGGUCUUUGUACUCCGUUGCAUGUAAUCGCUAUGGCGGCGGGUUUAUUUUCUCAUUGUCAGAGUGGUUCUACCGUUAGGGGCCGUGUCAACAUUCGUCCCUACAAACCGAUUCAGAUCAAGAUUCUUAGGACUUAUAGAUCAGUCAGAGGCCUAGCAGCACAUGAAAAAUACGGCGCAGAGCAUCCAAAUCCCAUGUGGUUACUGUUGAGUUUGAGUUCGGUUUGUGUUGAGGCCAAAAGACUUUAUUGCGUCAGUCUUGAGAAUUUGCUCAUGUCGUUAUUGAAAAUGAUCAAACUUCCCAUACUAUAUGGGACCCUAAUUGCUUUCUUGAGACGGUGGGAAUGUCUACAUUGUCAAUACAACUGCUAUACUAUUUAGUCCGCCAAAUUCCGAUGAACUCAGUGCAAGGAUGAGGAGCUGCAACUACAUGUAGUAUCUCGCUUCUUUCUUGGCUGCAGGUCAACACAGCCUAAUAUGCUAUUCGGUCGCAGUCAAGAUGCAGCCUCAAUCUAGAUGUCCGGGAUUGUGAGGCUUCA